AUGGCGGUUUCCGGGUCACUAUGUAUCAUCAGUUUCUUCACUUACUUCAACAUUCGUUCUGUGGCCGUAUCCUCUAGCGGCGUCAUUCUCGAGGAUCUGGUGAAGAACAAGGUUCCGUUUGAGUCACCAGCGAUUUUGUAUGACGCCGUGCAUCUAUACCUGGACACCCAAAAAUCCCUUUUGAUUGGAAUCGCUCUCUUCAGCCUUCUGUUGAUGGCAGUUGCUGCUGUCGGAAUUGUCCUUUCUGCCUGUAGGGCCAACUGCAUGAUCCUGGCUGUAACUUUUUGCCCUUCCUUUAAUCCUAAUUCCACUGCCUCUGUUAGUAUUGUGGCUUAG